AUGGCAGCCGGUAGCGUAGGGGCGUUCCUGGACGAGUUCCGGGCGAACAUCCGCACCUCGCCUCUGGCGACCAACCUCCUUGCCGGAGGCGUCGCCGGUGCGGUCUCGCGAACCAUCACCGCGCCGCUCGACCGUCUCAAGCUUCUGCUUCAGGAGGGCCGCGGUGUCUCCACCCGGCCGCCCGGGAUGUCGCUGGCGGCCUACGAGCGCCUCUACCGGGCAGAGCACGGUGUAGCCGCCAAGGCCCGCGCCAUCUACCGCGAGGGCGGUAUCCGCGGCUUCUGGCGCGGCAACUUUGCCAACGUCACAAAGGUCAUUCCCGAGACGGCGUCGCGAUUCAUCUGGCGCGACGUGCUGACGGACGCCUUUGCCGCCGAUCCCGAGGCCCCGGCGCCGCACGAGAACAUGCUCUGUGGCGCCGGCGCCGGGCUCUUUACCCAGCUGGUCAUCUACCCGAUGGAGGUGGUCAAGACAAGGAUGACCGUCUCUGCCAAGGGCGAGUUUGCCGGCAUCCUCGACUGCUACGUGCGGUCGGUCAAGACCGGCGGCUUCAAGUCGCUCUACCGCGGCCUCGUCGCCAACCUCCUCGGCUACGUCCCGUACUCGGCCCUGGAGAUGGGCAUCUUCUUUACGCUCCGCGACCGCUACAUGGAACACGUGAGUGAUGACAAGCUGCACGCCGGCCUGCCGUCCAUCACCUCGCUCGCCUUUGGUGCCACGGCCUCGCUCCUCUCGCAGAUCGUCACCUACCCCAUGAUGCUUGUGCGGACCCGGCUGCAGACCCAGGGCGUCCACGACCGCAGGGUCAAGUACCGCGGCGUCGCCCACUGCAUCCAGGUCAUCGUCCGCGAGCAGGGCUUCAUCGGCCUCUACCGCGGCCUCAAGCCCAACGCCCUCAAGGCUGUUCCUUCGACUGCAUGCGUGUAUCUCACCUUUGAGACUGUGCUCAAGUGGCUGCACGCCAACGACUAUGUCGACGACGACGACGACGGGGCAGACGAUGACGACGACGACGGAGGCUACUCUGACUGUGACGUCAUCCUUACCAGCCCGCCUGCCGCCGCUGCUGUCGUCAACUCGGACCGCGACGACCCGUUUGUGUUCUCGGCCACUGCGGCCGGCGAUCGGGGCGACCGCACAUGAGCACGCAGCGCAAAGCAAGUAAAACGGCCCCAUUCCACG